AUGCCUCGUAUUUUCAAUCAAGCGGCAUGGUUCGGACUUUCAUCACGUAAUUAUCCAUUGGCAGUGUUGCUAACAAGCCUUGUUCUCAUAAUCAGCAACACCUGUCGAGUCCGAAAGAUCAAGUGCGACGAAGCGGUUCCGAUUUGCCAACGAUGCGCCAAAGCAAACCGAUACUGCGACCGCAGCGCGGCUCCUUCACAGUUUCAUAACAAGACCCCGGAAGGUGAGGAGACGAGUGGGCUCACGAGUGGACUCACGACGCCCUCGGCCCUAGGAACGUUCCCUUCGCCAACAAAGCCACGAGACGCCCUGUUGAAUCCUUCGGUCGCGCGCUACUUUCACCAUUACAUCACUGACAUUGCGCCGUGGUAUGAUCUCAGUGACAGCUCUCACACAUUUGCGACAAGACUGCCCGAGAUCGCCUUGAAAAACUCAUUGCCAUUUGCUGCAAUUUUGGCUCUUUCCGCGGUGCACAUCAGCCAGACAACUGCGCCUUCAGCUAAGGCAGCAGCUGAGUUUUACCAUGGUCAUUGCAUUCGUAUCCUGAUUGAUCUGAAAGAUGAUGAGCAUGGUGAGGUAAACACGCAAGGGCUAGCGCUUGCAUCUGUUUGUCUGCUUCGUUCAUAUGAGAUUCUCAGCGAGGAAAUCGACCCAAACAGACACCUUCGAGGCGCCUACUCACUGGCAGCGUAUCGAAGUCCUCUCAUUGACUAUCUAGGGUCUGGGCUCAGAACUGUAGGGUUCUGGAACUACCUUCGUGAAGACAUCACUUUCAGCCUGUUCCAGAGAUGCCCCUUGAAGAUUGAUCUGGACCAGAUGCCGUUGCCGACUCAACAUCACACUGAUCACAGCUACCUGAAUACCGCAUCGCUCAUUCUCGGCCGCAUCAUCAAUGCGUGCUUCUCAGGCACCAUCGCAGAGCAGACCUGGGCUAUUCUCUUUGACAUGCUUCGCAGCUGGUCUGCAGAUUUGCCGGCUCGUUUCAGACCAUUUUCAAGGGAGGAUCGAGGACUUGGACUUUCUCUCCCGUCGAUAUGGAUGCUCAGAGAAUGCCAUGCGUCUGCGCUGCAUUACCGACUUGUCUGUGUGGCUAUGUUGUGCGCUCAAGCAGCACCCAAAAACGUUGCCAAGCUAAGGCAGCUUCUCGAACAUGACCAUAAGAUGGGGGACACGAAAGAAGAAGUGCUGGAAGCAUGCGGUCUCGAUCUCUGUGGCAUCGCCUUCACGGCAAAUAUGCCUGCAGUCCUUGUUAAUGCCUUUGGGCCAAUUGCGUUCUGUGCAAAAUUCAUCCGCAGUGAAGCCUCCCAGCAAGAGGUGAUCCGUCGACUCAUGGCGUGUAAGCGAUCAAUUGGGUGGCCGGUUCAACGCCUCCUGGCGCCGCGAAACCUUGAACUUGCUGUCCGGCACUUACACGCUGAUGGGCUUGUUGUUGUUGAGGAUGUUGUCCCUCACAAGGACUUGGACGCCCUCAAUGAGAAGAUGGUGAAGGAUGCGAGAUACCUCCAGUCCCUCGGCGAAAAGGGCCCUUUCAACUACAAUUUGGGAAACUUACAACAAGACCCCCCGCCUGUGGCUGAGUACUUUUAUAAGUCCAUCUUCACGAACCCCAUCGCAACGCAGAUCACAUCAAAUGUUCUGGGCCCCCGUCCCAAAUGGACCUUCUGCUCAGCCAACUCCGCCAUGCCACCUCUUCCCGGCGCCUCACCUCAACGUCAACCCGUACACUCCGACGCCGACUUUGAUCACCCCUCGCACCCAUUUGCGCUGGUCACCAAUAUCCCACUCGUGUCCAUGACUCCCGAGAAUGGGUCCACAGAGCUCUGGCUCGGCACGCACACCGCUGACGUCUCAUCACAGGAGGGAAAGCAUGGUGAACGGGCUAGCGGAAGAAUCAGAGAGGAUCUUUUGGCUGAGAGACGUGGUGUGAGAGGUCCAUCACAGCCUGAUGUCAAGAAGGGUAGUAUUGUGUUGAGAGACUUGAGGCUGUGGCAUGCUGGAAUGCCGAACAUGAGUGAUGAGGUCAGGGUGAUGCUUGCUGUGAUUCACUUUGCGCCGUGGUAUCGUAACCCGAUGAGGCUCCAGCUCGGGGAGGAUGUGAAAGGCUUGUUAGCUGGACUCGAGCCUCACUUGGAGAUUCCGGUUGACUGGGCGAAGAACCAUGAGGUUUGGGGGUCUUACCUGCACAGAGGGUUCGGCAACAGUUACGACUUUAACCAAAAGCAGUAG